AUGGACAGCAGAUUGGCGAACUUUAUCAGCUCGGAGCACAGUAUAUCCAUUGGAAGUAAAUUUAUGUGGACCGACUCUCAGAGACUCCUCAGGUGCAUUCGAUCAGAUGCAAGUAAGUACUAUACUUUCGUCGCUCUUCGAGUUGGAGAAAUUUUGGAAUCGACAGCACAAAAUGAAUGGCGAAUGAUAACUACCAAGGAGAACGUCGCCGACGAAGCUACCAGGCACACUUAUCCUAUGGAAAUAAUGCCCACGAAUAGGUGUUUUAUAAAACCGGAAUUUCCCCGGAGAGCCCAGUCUAAGUGGCCACAAAUUUUAAAGAUGACACAGACAGAUAGUUUCCCGGUAGAUCGUGAAAUGUUGAGAAAGAAGAAGAAUCUGGCUCCUUCUUCACGAUUAUGCUAG